GGGAAUCCGCACGGGCGAGGGGCUAUGGUCUUUGCCGGCGGGCGGGGCCAGUACGAGGGUGAGUGGGUGCACGGGCAGAUGCAAGGGAGCGGCGCGUAUGUCGAGGCGAACGGGGAGCGGUACGUCGGCGGCUUCUUUGCUGGGGAGCGGAACGGGCGCGGCUCGUACUUUUACGACACUGGCGACGUCUACACGGGAGAGUAUGCGCGUGGCUUGCGACACGGCGACGGCCGAAUGGAGUACUCGAACGGCGACGCGUGCGAAGGACGGUGGGACGGCGGCGUCAUGACGGGGCCGGCGACGUACACGUACGCGAGCGGCGAGGCGGAGCUCUCGUGGCACCACGGCGGAGCGGAAGGCGAGGGCGUC